CCAACAGGCCGAAAGCCCCAGGCCACCAGUCACUAAACGCCAUAGGAAGCUGCUGUUAAAGAGCGGUUCUGUAAUUCCUGGUGGUGCCCCCCCUGCUGAGGAGGACCGUAAGUUACAGGGCAUGGCUCAUACCCAAGUGUCCCGCCACCACCUGCUGAGGGAGGUCUGCACCAAAUACCAGCCGGGCGUCACCGAGCACCCCAUAUCCAGCCGGCAGGUGUCCCGGGUCUACGUGGAGGAUAGGUCAGGCCUGCUGUACUGUGAGGUGCCCAAAGCUGGCUGCUCCAACUGGAAGCGGGUGCUGAUGGUCCUGGGAGGCAGUGCCACCUCCACGCAUGGCAUCGCCCACGACGACGCCCACUAUGCCAACCAGCUCCGCCGACUGGACACCUACAGCCAGGCGGGCGUGGCAGAGCGCCUCCGCUCCUACACCAAGGUCCUCUUCGUACGGGAGCCCUUCGAGAGGCUGGUGUCGGCCUUCCGCGACAAGUUCGAGAGCCCCAACUCGUACUACCACCCGGUGUUUGGCCGGCCCAUCAUCUCCCGGUACCGGGCCAACGCCUCGCUCUCUGCCCUGAGGACCGGCGCCGGCGUCACCUUCAGGGAGUUUGUCCAGUACCUGUUGGAUGUGAGGCGACCCGUGGGCAUGGACAUCCACUGGACGCCGGUCAGCCAGCUCUGCAGCCCCUGCCUGCUGCACUACGACUUCAUCGGGAAAUUCGAGAGCCUGAAGGAGGAGGCCAACUUCCUGCUGCGGAGUAUCAGGGCACCUAGCAACCUCACUUUCCCUGACUUUAAAGACAGGAACCCCAAAGCAGAAAGGACUUCCUACACCAUUACCCAGAGAUAUUUUGAACAGUUGAACACCACGGAGAGACAGAGGGCCUAUGACUUUUAUUACAUGGAUUAUCUGAUGUUUAAAUACCCCAAACCCUAUAAAGACCUGUACUGAAGUAGUGGCUGGAUUGACACGUUUAGAUGAUUCAUUUAAGAUUAUAAAUAUGAACAUUACAGAAGAGAUUAUUAUCCUGUGGGACUUGAAUAAGCACUACAGACACAUUGAUGUAAACUAUUCUACGUGUCUUAUUUACAUCUGGUUACAAUUAUGAUUUGAUGUGAUUACUUUGAGCAUAGGUUGUACAGCUUUUGGUCAUAACACUUUGUAUAGUGUGCGAACUGAUGUGCUUUCUUUGUCAAAUGCACUUUUAUUGAUUGGCAGACAUACAUACAACAUCCUCUCAACAAUCAACGAGAUAUUGCUCUCAAUCAACAGCAUAAUGACUUCUAUGAAGUGACCUAUACUCUGAGUGAAGACUUUAUUAUCAUCUCUUCAUUUUCUUCUUUUUUUCAGCCUUGUUAUAUGAAGGUAUACUUGUCAUUUUGGGUCAUCGUCAAUCACUUUUAAAAUGGAAAAGGUGUCUUGUUAUUCUGCAGACCUUAAUAAAAAAGAAGGAAAAGAGAGCCAAGCUAUACUCUCCCAAAGCAAAGACUAGUGUUUGCAGAUACUGCAGCAGAUUUCACAGUUACUGAAAUCCUACAUUGCCUACUGAUGAGAAGUACCAUGUGUCUUAGACCAUUUUAAUAUCAUUCAAUUUGAUUUCAAAACCACAUUUGCUCUUGAGGUAUUUGUUUUCUAUUUUACAUACAGAACAUACAACAAACUUGUUACAGUACGUACCUCAAGGCGGAAGGUAGCUUAGCGGUUAAGAGCGUUGGGCCAGUAACUGAAAGGUCGCUGGUGCAAAUCCCGAGCCAAUUAGGUGAAAAAUCUGCCGAUGUUCCCUUGAGCAGGACAUGUAACACUAAUUGCUCCUGUAAGUCGCACUGGAUAAGAGCACCUGCUAAAUGAAAACAAACUAAGGGACAGGAAACACAUGAAAUAAGGGACAGGAAAAAUAUAUCAAUGUCAGUUGGUAGCUCAGUUGGUAGAGCAUGGUGCUGCCAGGGUUGUGGGUUCGAUUCCCACAGAGGAACAGUACGAAAAAAGUAUCAAAAUGUAUGCACUCACUAAUAUAAGUCACCCUGGAUAAGAGUGUCUACUAAAAUGUAAAAUAUUGCCUUUCAGAUACAACUGUGGGUUCAUGAUCUUUGAUCCUGUAAUGUACAAUAGGGUUUCUGGGUCAUUGUAUAGGCCUCAUGUUACAAUACUAAUGAUUACACUGUAAAGAGUAAAUGUAUUGUUUUACAUGUCUGUGCAGAAUCUACAACACACAAUUUCAAUCCCCUAGCCUUAACACUGCCAAUUUUGCUAAUUUUGUUUGGGUUUUAAUUUGUUUGGGUUUUAAAGCACCAUUACCAUUUAAUAAAUGUUUU